AUGGCUGACACUAUCUUUGGGUACCCUCUCAGACGCUUCUUCUGGAGUCACCCUCCAAUUUUCAGAGAAUGGUCUGGCUCCACAGCCCUCUUGGAUUGGCUCGAAUCACCUAAUGCGCACAUCUUAAAAAUUAAUGUUCCAGGAUUCAGCAAGGAUGACAUAAAGGUGCAGAUUGAGGAUGGUAAUAUUCUACACAUCAAAGGGGAAGGUGGAAGAGAGGAGCCUCAAGCAAAGGAAAAGGAUACUGUUUGGCAUGUUGCCGAGAGAGGCACUGGGAAGGGUGGUUUCUCAAGGGAAAUUGAAUUGCCAGAAAAUGUCAAGGUGGAUCAGAUUAAAGCACAGGUGGAAAAUGGAGUCCUGACAAUAGUUUUGCCUAAGGACACAACACCCAAAUCGCCUAAAGUGAGAAACAUUAACAUCACUAGCAGGCUUUAA